CUUGCUAGUUCCCAGCUCACACAGUUUGGGAGGAAUUAACACCAAUCACGUGAAGGGGGGCCCAAGGACACUGAGGAGCUGGGUGGUCCCAGCCUGGAGCACUACCAGCCUGACAUGGGAAUCUUUCUGACGCCCAGGACCUUGCUGAUGUUGACAGGAAAGUGGUGAUCCAGGCAGGACCAGGCUGCCCCUACAGGACAGAAAAAUGGAGGCAAACGACCAUUUUAACUUUACUGGCCUUCCCCCUGCAUCUGCUGCCUCAGGACUGAAACCCUCUCCUUCCUCAGGGGAGGGCCUCUACACUAACGGGUCUCCCAUGAACUUCCCCCAGCAAGGGAAAAGUUUGAAUGGGGAUGUGAAUGUUAAUGGCUUAUCUACUGUAUCUCACACUACUACUUCAGGGAUUUUGAACUCUGCUCCCCACUCCUCCAGCACCUCACACCUCCAUCACCCCAACGUGGCCUACGACUGUCUCUGGAACUACUCACAGUACCCAUCUGCCAAUUCUGGCAGCAACCUCAAGGACCCACCCCUUCUUUCCCAGUUCUCGGGGGGACAAUACCCACUCAACGGCAUACUUGGGGGCAGCCGGCAACCUUCAUCCCCAAGUCACAACACUAACCUUCAGGCUGGGAGCCAAGAUUUCUGGGCAAACGGUACCCAGAGUCCUGUGGGGCUUAACUUCGACUCACAGGAACUGUAUGAUUCCUUUCCUGACCAGAAUUUUGAGGUGAUGCCCAAUGGACCCCCUAGUUUUUUCACCUCUCCACAGACUUCUCCUAUGUUGGGAUCUAGCAUCCAGACCUUUGCACCUUCCCAGGAGGUAGGCAGUGGUAUCCAUUCUGAUGAGGCAGCAGAAAAGGAGCUGACUUCAGUUGUGGCAGAGAAUGGCACUGGCUUGGUAGGCAGCCUGGAGCUGGAAGAAGAGCAGCCAGAAUUGAAGAUGUGUGGCUACAAUGGCUCUGUUCCUUCUGUGGAAUCCUUACACCAAGAGGUCUCAGUCCUGGUCCCUGACCCCACAGUGAGCUGUUUAGAUGAUCCUUCACAUCUUCCUGAUCAACUGGAAGACACUCCAAUACUCAGUGAAGACUCUCUGGAGCCCUUCAACUCUCUGGCACCAGAGCCAGUAAAUGGAGGACUUUAUGGUAUAGAUGACACGGAGCUGAUGGGUGCAGAGGAUAAGCUGCCUCUUGAGGACAGCCCCGUGAUCUCUGCCCUUGAUUGCCCUUCCCUUAGUAACGCUACUGCCUUCAGUCUCCUGGCAGAUGAUAGUCAAACAUCAGCCUCUAUCUUUGCCAGCCCCACCUCUCCACCUGUCCUAGGCGAGUCUGUCCUGCAAGAUAACAGCUUUGACCUGAAUAAUGGUAGUGAUGCUGAACAAGAAGAAAUGGAGACUCAGGCUUCAGACUUCCCACCACCCCUGACCCAGCCAGCCCCUGACCAGUCAUCCACUAUUCAGCUCCAUCCAGCAACCUCACCAGCAGUCUCGCCAACAGCUUCCCCGGCAGUCUGCCUAGCAGUUUCUCCAGUAGCCUCACCAGAAGUCUCUCUAGCAGUUUCCCCAACAGCCUCCCCAGCAGUCUUCCCAACGGUCUCUCCAACUUCUUCAACAACCCUCCCAGCAAUUUCCUCAGAAGUCUCCUUCCAGGCUCCGGUAACCUCCUCAAACGCCUCCCCUGUAACUUCUCCAGCAGCUGCCAUCCCAACAGCCUCCCCAGCAAAUAAGGAUGUCAGCAGCUUUCCUGAAACCACUGCUGACUUAGAAGAGGUCACUGGAGGAGUCACUACGUCUGGUAGUGGUGAUGUCUUGAGGAGACGUAUUGCUACACCAGAAGAAGUUCGUCUUCCCCUCCAACAUGGGUGGCGGAGAGAGGUGCGUAUCAAGAAGGGCAGCCACCGAUGGCAGGGGGAGACCUGGUAUUAUGGCCCCUGUGGGAAGAGAAUGAAACAGUUUCCAGAAGUGAUCAAGUACCUGAGCCGCAACGUGGUACACAGUGUCCGCCGUGAGCACUUCAGUUUCAGUCCCCGUAUGCCUGUUGGAGACUUCUUUGAAGAGAGAGAAACACCAGAGGUGCAGACUCAAAAGGGGUUGCAGUGGGUACAACUCUCAGCAGAUGAGAUACCAUCCAGGAUUCAGGCAAUUACUGGCAAACGGGGUCGACCUCGAAACACUGAGAAGGCUAAGAUCAAGGAAGUCCCCAAGGUGAAACGGGGCCGAGGUCGGCCACCCAAGGUCAAAAUCACUGAGCUAUUGAAUAAGACAGACAGCCGCCUUGUAAAGAAACUGGAGGCCCAAGAAACACUGAUUGAGGAGGAUAAAGCAAAGAUGAGUAAAAGCAAGAAGAUGAGGCAGAAGGUACAACAGGGAGAGUGUCAGACUGCUAUCCAAGGGCAGCCCAAGCAGAGAUGCUUUCAGAGUUUGAGGAGAAAUGACUUCCCUUAUGGUUUACAGGCCAGAAACAAGCGGAAACAAGAGACCAAGAGCUUAAAGCAGAAGGAUACUAAGAAGAAAUGCAAGGCUGAGAAGGAAAAGGUAAAGACAAAGCAGGAAAAACUGAAGGAAAAAGUGAAGAGAGAAAAGAAGGAGAAGGUAAAAAUGAAAGAAAAGGAGGAGGUGGGCAAAGCCAAACCAGCCUAUAAAGCAGAUAGGAGCCUAGCCACACAGCGGCGCUUGGAGGAACGGCAGAGACAGCAGAUGAUCUUGGAGGAGAUGAAGAAGCCCACAGAGGAUAUGUGUCUGGCCGACCAUCAGCCCCUGCCUAACUUCUCACGCAUUCCUGGUCUGGUACUACCCAAUGGGGCCUUCUCAGACUGCUUGACCAUCGUGGAGUUUCUGCAUAGCUUUGGCAAGGUGCUGGGCUUUGACCCUGCCAAAGAUGUGCCUAGCCUGGGGGUCUUGCAGGAAGGACUCCUGUGUCAAAGUGACAGCGUGGGCGAGGUGCAAGACCUGCUGGUGCGGCUUCUGAAGGCUGCACUCUAUGAUCCUGGCUUACCCUCUUACUGUCAGUCCCUAAAGAUCUUGGGGGAGAAGGUAUCUGAGAUCCCACUGACGAGAGACAAUGUGUCUGAGAUCCUGCGCUGCUUCCUCAUGGCAUAUGGAGUAGAGCCAGCUGUCUGUGACAGCCUGCGCACCCAGCCUUUUCAGGCCCAGCCACCUGAACGGAAGGCUGCUGUCCUGGCCUUCCUUGUGCAUGAGCUCAAUGGCUCCACCCUCAUCAUCAAUGAGAUUGACAAGACACUGGAGAGUAUGUCCAGCUACAGGAAAAACAAAUGGAUUGUUGAAGGCCGGCUCCGGAGACUGAAAACUGCUCUGGCCAAGCGAACUGGGCGGCCUGAGAUAGAGAUGGAAGGACCAGAGGAAGGUCCAGGACGGAGGCGCAGUUCUCGGAUCAUGGAGGAAACCAGUGGCAUGGAAGAGGAGGAAGAGGAAGAGACUAUAUCAGCUGUCCAUGGCCGCAGGGGUCGAAGAGAUGGAGAGGUUGAUGCCACAGCGUCUAGCAUCCCAGAGCUGGAGCGCCAGAUAGAGAAACUCAGUAAGCGCCAGCUCUUCUUUCGCAAAAAGCUGCUUCAUUCAUCUCAGAUGCUUCGGGCAGUCUCCUUGGGUCAAGACCGCUAUAGACGCCGCUACUGGAUAUUGCCAUAUCUGGCUGGUAUAUUUGUGGAAGGAACACAAGGGAGCUUAGUUCCUGAGGAUAUGAUAAAGUGGGAAACUGACUCCUUAAAGGUGGCAGCCCAUCCAGCACUCAACCCUGCUCGCUUCUUUGUAAAGAGAGAAUUAACUGGCUCUAGCACUUCUGCUGGUUCUCCUGCUCGGGCUCGAGGCCGGCCUCGAAAAACUAAGCCUGGGUCUGUGCAGCCUAGGCACCUUAAGUCCCCUGUUAGGGGUCAGGAUUCAGAACAGCCCCAUCUUCAGCUUCAGGCUCCUAUCCAGCCCCAGCCCCAGCCCCAGCUUCAGUCUCAUCCUCAGUCCCAUAAUGGUUUCCUGGAGCCAGAAGGCUCCCCUUUGUCUCUGGGUCAGAGCCAGCAUGACCUCAGCCAGUCAGCCUUCCUGUCUUGGCUGAGUCAGACUCAGAGCCAUAGCUCCCUGUUGAGCAGCUCAGUCCUCACUCCUGAUAGCAGCCCAGGAAAACUUGACGCAGCACCAUCGCAGCCCCUGGAGGAGCCAGAGCCUGAUGAGACAGAAUCCAGCCCCGAUCCUCAAGCACCCUGGUUUAACUUCUCAGCCCAGACGCCCUGCAAUGCUGCCCCUACACCACCCCCUGCAGUUUCUGAGGACCAACCCACUCCCUCCCCUCAACUACCUGCCUCCUCCAAGCCUGUGGAUAGAUCCAGUGCUGCCAACCCCUGUUCUCCAGUGCAAUUCUCUUCCACCCCCUUGCCUGGGGUGGCCCCUAAGAGGCGAGCAGGAGACUCUGGAGAAAUGUCACAGAGUCCCACAGGGCUGGGACAGCCAAAACGGAGAGGGAGACCUCCCAGUAAGUUCUUCAAACAGAUGGAGCAGCGUUACCUAACCCAGCUGACAGCCCAGCCUGUCCCCUCUGAGAUGUGCUCAGGCUGGUGGUGGAUCCAAGAUCCUGAGACACUGGAUGCCAUGCUCAAGGCCCUACACCCCCGAGGCAUCCGGGAGAAGGCACUUCACAAACACCUUAACAAGCACAGGGACUUCUUGCAGGAAGUCUGCCUACGGCCCUCAACUGACCCCAUUUUUGAGCCCAGUCAGCUACCUGCCUCUCAAGAAGGGAUCAUGAGCUGGUCCCCCAAAGAGAGAACAUAUGAGACAGACCUAGCUGUGCUUCAGUGGGUAGAGGAGCUAGAACAGCGGGUUAUUCUGUCUGAUCUACAGAUUCGGGGCUGGACAUGUCCUAGCCCAGACUCUACUCGUGAAGACUUGGCCUACUGUGAGCAUCUCCCCAACUCCCAGGAGGAUAUCACCUGGAGAGGUCGAGGAAGGGAAGGACUGGCACCUCAGCGUAAAACUACAAACCCUCUGGACCUGGCUGUGAUGCGACUGGCUGCCCUGGAACAGAAUGUGGAGCGGCGGUACCUUCGGGAGCCCCUCUGGCCAGCCCAUGAGGUUGUGCUGGAGAAGGCCUUGCUCAGCACACCCAAUGGUGUCCCUCAAGGCACCACUACAGAGAUAUCAUAUGAAAUUACCCCUCGCAUUCGUGUCUGGCGUCAGACACUUGAGCGGUGCCGGAGUGCAGCCCAGGUGUGCUUGUGCCUGGGCCAGCUAGAGAGGUCUAUAGCCUGGGAGAAGUCUGUCAACAAAGUGGUAAGAGGCUCGGAGAGCCUGGAAAGACUGAGGAGCCAGUCAGCUGGGGUGGGUGGAGUCACUGGCAGACAGAGGCUUGAACACUCACUCUGCCUUCUCACAACCUUGGUCCAGACCUGUCUAGUGUGCCGGAAAGGUGACAAUGAUGAGUUUCUUCUGCUUUGUGAUGGGUGUGACCGUGGCUGCCACAUUUACUGCCAUCGGCCCAAGAUGGAGGCUGUCCCAGAAGGAGACUGGUUCUGUGCUGUCUGUUUGGCCCAGCAGGUAGAGGGAGAAUUCACUCAUAAGCCUGGUUUCCCAAAGCGAGGCCAGAAGCGGAAAAGUGGUUAUUCACUGAAUUUCUCAGAGGGUGAUGGCCGCCGACGCCGGGUACUGUUGAGAGGCAGAGAGAGCCCAGCUGUGCCUCGGUACUCGGAAGAAGGGCUGUCCCCCUCCAAGCGGCGGCGAUUCUCAAUGCGGAACCACCAUAGUGAUCUCACAUUUUGCGAGAUUAUCCUGAUGGAGAUGGAGUCCCAUGAUGCAGCCUGGCCUUUCCUGGAGCCUGUGAACCCUCGUUUGGUAAGCGGGUACCGGCGCAUCAUCAAAAACCCUAUGGAUUUUUCCACCAUGCGGGAGCGGCUACUCCGGGGAGGAUAUACCAGCUCUGAGGAGUUUGCAGCUGAUGCUCUCCUAGUCUUUGACAACUGCCAGACCUUCAAUGAGGAUGACUCGGAAGUGGGCAAGGCUGGGCACAUCAUGCGCCGCUUCUUCGAGAGCCGUUGGGAAGAGUUUUAUCAGGGAAAACAGGCUAAUCUGUGAGGCAAGGGAGGUGGGAGUCACCUUGUGGCAUCUCCCCCUACCUUCCAAACAAAACCUGCCAUUCUCACCUGCUGAUGCUGCCCUGGGUCCAGACUCAAGUGAGAUGUAACCUUGAUUUUUGACCCUGCCCUUGGCAGCACCCCACAUCCUCUUAUCCCUAUACCCUUUCUCCCUUUCCUCCUCUUGCUCCUCAAAUAAGAGGUGCAGAGAUGAGGUCCUUCUGGACUGAAAGCCAAAAAAAGAAAGAAAAAAAUUUUUUCCUUCUGUUUUUUUUUCCUAAUUAAAAAUGGGGAGGGGGAAAGAAGUCUCUUCCUCCUCCUCCCAACUCCCUUUCCUUCCCUGUACGUGCCCCAGCAUUCUGGGGUUAUUUAACAAUAGCAAUAGUUCUAGUGAAUGUGUGAAACUGAGAAACACUCUGUACUGUGUGUGGACCCGCAGUGACGGCCAGUAAAGUGGACUUAACUCCCAAGUGUGUCGAGCCGGACACCGGGCCCUGAACAUGCUGCUUCCAUGUUCAGUCCCUUUCCCUGCUUCUCGCUUUCUCUCUCUAAGUUUUUUCUUUUCCCUCCCCUACUCCCCAAUUUUCAGAUUUUCUCUCAUCCAGUAAUGUAAAAUUUAAUGUGUACGGGUUCCUCCCUUCUUUUCUCUUCUCCCAAAUCUUUUUUCCCUUCAAAGGAAAAAAAAAAGUUUAGCAAUCCCUGCCUUUUUCUCUGUCCUCAUCUUCCUGCCAAUAGCUAUCCCCUCUAUAAUGUUAGACGCUCCUCACAUGCUGAGUUUCCAGCCUUUUCUGAAACUCAGUAGCUGAGGGGGAGGGCAGGGAGGCCCCCUGGGCCUUCCAGCCUCCUUCCCCACCUCCUUCCCAAACCUCCCUCUUGGGAACUCCUCAGGGACAACUACUGCUGAGUUUGGGCGCACCCCCAAGAUGGAGGCCAGGUAGGAAUUGACUGGCCUCAGAGAGAGAGAGAGAGGUGUGUUUGUUUGUGUGUGAGAAUGAGAGAGGAUGCUGUGAUUGUGACCCUGUAUUUGAUAGGAUCCAUUCAGUUUCCCCGAGUAUGUUUUUAUUCUCACCUUUCCCAUUGUUUCAAACCAUCACUUUUUUGUCUUUGGGAAACCACAGGAACAAUUAUUCUGGGGACAAGGCUGUGUCUCCUCUCUGAUCAUUUCUGUUCCAGCCUCUUCAAACUGUGCAAUCUUUCAGCAGGAACUGCCUCUCUUCUCAGUAGCUUUGAGACUUAAGCUUUGGCAGGGAGAGGGGUAGAACUGGACCUUUUCCUAAUCCCAUGAGCCUCUCUGAGUUUAGUUUUGCUUUCCUUCCCUUAUCUACUUUGUACCCCAGGACCCCUUCCCCAGCAGCAGAGACCCUGGAGCACAGGAGAAGGAGGAGGAGGGAUUUCUGGUCCACCACUGCCCUACAUGUGACUAUGCCCAAGUUAAGCUCCCAACACGUGAGAGGAAAGCUGCUAACUCCCAGCUAUAGCCAUGGGCCCCUGGCCCCCUGCUCAGCAGAGCCCCUCCCAUCAGAGAUUACGGGUACUUGCACUGGGGAGGUGGCUGCUGGCUGGCCCAAGCAGAAAGCUGAGGCAUUCAAGAAAUGUUCCAUUGGUGAGAGGGGGUUGCCAAGUGAGGUGGAGCAUUCCUUGUAUUCUGGCAGCACUGAAGGGGGGGGGCAAUUUAGGUCCUGGGGCAGCCUCAUUUCUUUACACCCCUUCUCCCCCAUAGCCUAUUUCUAAAGUCGCCUUUUCUGUCAGAUAAACCUCAAAACUUUUAAUUUUAUUUGGGUAUUUUUGUGGGUUUUUUUUGUUCGUUUUUGGUUUUGCUUUUAAAUAAGAGGUGGAUUGAAGAAUAUUUGAAUUGACUUUAUAUUAUGCAUAAAUAUUUAUAUUUUAUCUAAAAUAACUGCGCUGUAACGAACUGUGUUAGUCAAAUGGUUGGAACUGUUAUAGUUGGGGGCUCCCUUUUUUCCCCAUGGCAGUUUUCCCCUGGUAUAAAAUGUACUAGAAUAAUUUCACUGUUGGAGGUGAGGUGGAUAGGGGGAGUGAAAUCUCAAUUGUUCCUACUAUGUGUUCCUCUCCCAGCUCCAUCUCUUUCCUUAGGGACCAGGCACUCUUAAGGUGGGGGUGGGGUCCUAACCUCAGUUUGAAGAAGUGGGGGCAGAAGCGGGAUGGGGAUAGGGCAUGAUCAAAGGGGCCAUUUCUCACUUUUCUUUCCUCAUCUUCACUGCCCCUUGAGCUAGGUGGAUCUUCUCUUGAUGUAUAAGAGUAUUUGGUAGGGAAGGCAGGUUAGAAAUAAAAAGACAGCCCACCCCCUGCCCUUUUGUUUCCCUUUUCCCUGUCAGUCUGGUAACAGAAGAAACCACACCAUCAACACCAAGUUCCCAUGUUCCUUUUACAAAAAAGGGGACGGACUUUUUAUAUAACCAAAUGUGGUGUUUUAGUGACUUUUUGAUAAUGUACAGUUUUUUGUGAAUUUAAAUUUAUUUCUUUCUAUAUUUUUAGGACCAAUCUCAUUUUUAAUAAGGUUAAAAAAGGAAAAAAAAAAGUCUAGAGAAAAAAACUCCUGUUUUUGCCAUGUGAUGUUCCACAAGUGCAGCUGUAGAAAAGUGCUUGUCAGUUGAAUAAAAACCACAUUUGAUAGAGAUU